AAAAGCCUGAUAGCCCCAGUUUUAGCUUCCAGUUUGAGAAGGUUAAGGUGACUCCAUGCAGUCAUGAGUCCAUUAACUUCGUCAGGAAUGAAACUGCUAUUUCUAACAGUGCUCUUCUUGGUGAUUGUGAGUGUUGAUGCAGAAGAGAAGAAAACUAAAACACUGAAGAGAACCAAAAGGAAUUGGAUCCUUCCUCCUGCUAAAUUGAUGGAGAACACUGAUUACAGCCAUUUGAAGUAUAUUGCAAAGAUUCGGUCCGACAACAAUGAUCAUGGAAAGCCGGAAUAUUCCCUGAAAGGACCCGGAGUUAAUGAACCACCUUACGGAUUAUUUAAGGUGGACCAACAAACCGGAUUCAUAACAAUCACUGGAAAGGUGGACAGGGAACAAUACCCGUACUUCAAUGUGAGUAGAACGAUGUAAAACAAUUCAAUUCACUUUAUUU